AUGCCCCCUGGGCCGCGAUACGAGUCCUCGCGCAGCUCAUCGCGCGAGACGCCGAGCCGCCAGGGCUUCCGAACGGUGCGCGGCUGGGAUGACCUCAAACCUCGCAUUAACGCGCACCCACAGGGCCGCCGCGCCGACCCCGACGUGCCCGGCGCAUACCUUUCUCCCCUCAAGUGUCUCACCGCUGCACUUCCCCAGACCUACUCCCUCUGCAACCCAACGUUCAAGUACGAGAGCUCGGACAACCCACGCCGUGUCCUCACGAAGCCGAGCAAGCCCGUGUACAACGACGGCGCGGACAACGAGGACUGGGACUACAUUCUCUACGUCAACGACGUGCUGGGCGGCGAGCACGGGGGCGAUCGAUACCUCAUCCUCGAUGUCCUCGGGCAGGGCACGUUCGGCCAGGUGGUCAAGUGCCAGAACAUGAGGACGCAUGCCAUCUGUGCUGUCAAGGUCGUCAAGAACAAGCCGGCCUACUUGAACCAGAGCAAGAUGGAGGUUGCAAUCUUGAACUUGCUCAACCGUGACCACGACCCACAUGACGAGCACCACAUCUUGCGGCUGCUCGAUUCCUUCACGCACAAGAACCAUUUGUGCCUCGUGUUCGAAUGCCUGUCGUCCAAUCUCUACGAGCUCAUCAAGCAGAACCAGUUUAAGGGGUUGAGCUUGCAGCUCGUGCGCGUCUUCACGCAGCAGCUCCUCGACUGUCUUGCCGUGCUCAAGGAUGCGCGAUUAAUCCACUGCGAUCUCAAGCCGGAGAACAUUUUGCUGAAAUCCUUGCAAUCACCCCAAAUCAAGGUCAUUGACUUUGGCUCGGCGUGUCAUGAGCUGCAGACGGUGUACACGUACAUUCAGUCUCGCUUCUACCGAUCGCCCGAAGUGCUACUUGGCCUUCCUUACUCCACUUCGAUCGACAUGUGGUCGCUCGGCUGCAUCGUAGUCGAACUCUUCCUCGGCUUGCCCAUCUUCCCGGGUACUAGCGAGUACAACCAGGUCUCACGCAUCGUGGACAUGCUCGGCCUGCCGCCGCAGCACCAGCUCGAGAUGGGCAAGCAGACAAACGACUUCUUCAACUGUGUCAGCGUCGAUGCGCACGGCCGCAAGCAGUACAAGCUCAAGCCGAUGGAGCAGUACGCCUCUGAGCACCGGACCAAGGAGCAAGCGAGCAAACAGUAUUUCAAGCAGACGCAGCUGCGCGACAUCAUCAUGGAGUAUCCGUAUACGAAGAAGAACGCCAAGCAGUCGGACAUUGACAAGGGUGAGCGUGGAUGCAAAACAGGGCUGACCGCAGAAAUGGGGCAGCGGCGCGCAUUCAUCAACUUUGUCGAGGGACUGCUCAAUCUCGACCCCAUCAAGCGGUGGUCGCCGCAGCAAGCGGCCAAACACCCGUUCAUUACUGGCGAGAAGUACACGGGGCCAUUUGAGCGCUCGACGCCGAGUACCGCGGCUCCCUCCACAUCCACGGCCAACGCAAGCGCGGCACCGACAACCCCGAGCUCGAAGAAGUACGGAGGUCUGGUACAAAGCCCAGCGUCUGGACGUGGCCAGCGCGUCUACUCUGAUGCCGCGGCAUACAACCACCAGCUGGCGCAGCAUCAAUACCAGACAGCUCAGGCUCAGGCUCAGGCGCAGGCUGCCCAAACCGCGGCACGGCAGGGGCCGUUUGGGCCAAGCACUACUUAUGACUCGGCACAAGCGCAACAGCAGGCGCAGCAGCAAGCGCAACAGCAGGCGCAGGCACAGCAACAGGCACAGCAGCAGCAGCAGCAGCAACAACAACAACAACAGCAACAGCAGCAGUAUGCCGGCAAGCCUCGUGUGUCAAGCCAGCACAACCCGCCGACGACAUGGCAGCACCAGGGCCAGCCGCAGCCGCCACAGCCAUACCACCCCAGAGUCCCCAGCGGAACGUCAAGCAACCAGCACGCGCGUCCAAGCAUUCCCACCAUCAACGCUCCGACCAACCCGCCUCCCAACUCGUACUUCCCCGGUUCGCGCAACCGGGCAAACACGAUAAACCAGAUGGACACGAUUCCACCUGCCCUGGCGCGCCUCACAAAUCUGGGCGCGCCCGACCCGAGCAACCGCUCGUCGCUGACGCCCGUACUCCAUCGCGAAGACAUGGCCGAGGCCUGGGAGCGGAGGCAGCAGGGCGGACACAAGCCGAGCAACCUGCAGCACCAGACGUACGCGCAGCUCGAGUACCUGCAGGAGCAGGCCGAACUCGUCAACAUGUCGCAGCAGGGUUACGUGAUGCCUGGGCAGUAUCAGGGGCACCACGCCCAUCAUCCGAGCGCUUCAGCCGGCACUACGGCCGGCGGACUCGCGUCCCUCGGCGGGCAUCAUAGAGGCACACAGUCCUUCUCUGGCACGCAGGCGUACCAGAUGCAGCCGCCGAUCGGCACACACGAUUACCGCGGCCGUGUCCCGCCCCUCCAGCUGCACGCGACGAACGAGUACGACCCCGCGCACAGCGGCGCGUCAUCAGCUGCCGGCGGCGCAUAUCUGCCCACAUACCCGCCCCCCGCGGCCACGAGCCAGCCCAACUCGGCGACGUUUGACGCGUUUGACACGCGCGACACAAUGAGCGGGCUCAUGUACACGCCCCUCCAGCCGACGCAGGCGCAGGGCGCCUACGGCCCCUUCACGCCCGGCCAUGCCGCGCGGUCGUCCUUCUCCGGGCCGUACAAUUCGUCCGCGACGGCGCAGCGCAGCAAUCCCUUCGCACCGCCGCAGGGCGGCGCAUCGCCCAGACGAGGAGGGUACGGGUAUGGCGCGUAG